AUGUCUACAGUAAAACUUAGUUCAAUCAAUCAACGCCUUACAAGGUUGUUAGAGGAACGCGAAAAAGAAUUGUCAAUAAUUGAGCAAAUUCGAUUCUUAAUAAAUAUGAAAAAAUCAACAUUAGUAACAUUAGUAGGAGAGCAAGAUCGUAAUAUUUUCAUUUCAAAAAUAAUUAAAAGGUUUUAUGAAAAAAAUCCUGACACAUAUUGUGGUGAUGGAGAUUGGCUCCUGAAAUUGUUGAUCAAAAAAAAUAUUCAGAACCAUAACAAUCCUACCAAUAAUAGAAAUCAAAAAGUCCCAGUCCGUGUAACAACUACCACCAUCAAUAAUAAUAAGAAUCAUGGCUGCGUAACCACCAUCAAUAAUACAAAUAAUCAUCAUAUAGUAUCUAGUGAUGAAGGUUUCACUAAAAGUCACAUAUCCACCAAUGGUAAUAAUAAAAAACAAGCUAUUCAUACAACCACCAUCAAUAACAAUACUACUGACAGCAGUGACAAUGAUACUGAUACUGAUGAAUGUUCCACCAAGAGUCCUGUCCAUAGAUUGGCUCCUGAAGUUGUUGGUCAAACAAAAUAUUCAGAACUAUAG